AUGUGCUGUGCAAAAAGUAAAUCAUUAAUAUUUAUUGGAUUGCUUUUCAGCUGCCUAGGAGUGAUCUUUUCAGCUAACACAGGUUUCUCCGUGUCUGUAUAUGAUGUGACAUCACGAAGCAUUUAUCUCAGAUGGUCCAAAUUUUCAGGAGCCUUUUCUUACAGAGUCACAGCUACAGCUGUGAAUACUGUAGGUCAUUCAUUACUGGCUCAUUUUAGUGAUGUUACACUUAAAGGAACUCUAACUUCAUUAAUUCCCAGUACUAUUUAUGCUAUACAAGCAGAGGCCAUUGAUAAGAAUGGAAUCACUCUUGCUGAAACACAGAUUAUGCAGUCAACAGCUCCAGACAUACCUGUUAUUGACCAAGCUUACUCAAAACUCAGCAACAGUAUCACAGUGGAAUGGAGAGCAGUACCUGGGGCUACUGCCUACCUGCUGACUGCACAAGAUGGAGAGUCCUUCAUUGAAACUGUAGUUACAGAUUCUCCAGGCACAGUGACAGGACUGAAACCUGCAACUUCGUACAGAAUCACUGUCAGGUCUAUAAAUGCAGGAGGAAGAAGCCAGCCUUCACCUUUCAGAAAAGCAAAAACAGUCCUGGCUGCUCCAAUUCUGUCUGUUCGUUCUCCAAGUUGUGACUCCAUUGCAGUGAGCUGGAAAGCUGUGUAUAUGGCAGUUGGGUUCUCUGUGUCCCUCAUGAGGUCAGAUGGUUUGGGCAGAAUGCUGAAGGAGAACACCACCAAUACCUCCUUGAUGUUUACAAAUCUAGAUCCGGGAACCCUCUACACUAUCAAGGCAUAUGCCUGGAAUGUUAAUGGGAUACCUGGAGAUGACUUCACAUACAACCAAAGAACAAGUCCUAAUGCUCCAGCAGACGUUCAAGUAGCUUUAAACAGUGGUGCUUUAAGAGCGGUUGUUUCUUGGAUGCCAGCAGAAGGAGCUUUAACUUACAGCGUGACAGCCUCCAGUGGACUGCUGGAACUGAAAUGUAACACAUCUUCUGUCUCCUGCGUGGUGCCAUCCCUCCAGUGUAGCUCUGAAUAUUAUGUUUCUGUCACGGCAUACAAUGAUGCUGGAUCCAGUAAACCUACUGAUGCAGUAAGCUUAAAAACCAUUCCCUGUGCACCAGUAAAUAUAUCAAUUGAAGAGAAUGAACCUGGCCACUUGCUGGUAUCAUGGUCUAGCGUCAAUUUUGGUCAUUAUUAUGUGGUUUUUGUGAAGAGUGAUGAUGGUUUGGAAGUGCACUGCAACACAUCCCAUACUCGAUGCCAUUUCCAGUCAGACUGUGGCUUCACUUAUUUCAUUAGUGUCUUUGCAUACAACAGUGCUGGGCAGAGUCCUUUAGGUGAUGUCUUCAAUUACACUACUGCCCCUUGCUGCCCCAGCGACCUGAGAGCCGUGGCCGUGGCCGGCGACACCGUGCAGGUGUCCUGGGCGCCGUCCCGCGGCGCGGAGCUGUACGAGACCCGGGCGGCGGGCGGGGGCGUUGCGAUGCGCUGCAGCGGCCCUGCAGCCACCUGCGCCCUCUCGGCGCUGCGAUGCGGCACCAGCUACCGCCUCACCGUCUGCGCCCUCAGUGAGGCCCGUGCCGCCAGCGCCUCCUGCGCCUCCGCGGACGUGGCGACAGCUCCCUGCAGUCCUGAAAUUAAAAAUAUCUCAAAGGAGGCUCUUUCUGUAAUCAGUGUGCACUGGCAAUCUAACAAUGAAGAAGCUACAUACAUUGUGACUGCCAGAGGAGAGGCUGGACCUUGGCAUUGCACAAGCUCUGGAAAUUCCUGUACCCUAAUUAAUCUUCCCUGUGGAUCCGCUUUCUCUGUUAGUGCUAUAGCAAGAUCAGCAGCAGGACAGAGUUUACCAAGCUACAGUGUCCCUUUAGAGACAGCUCCUUGUUGCCCUAAUGACCUGACACUAACUCAAGUGACACAGUCUGUGACAAAUAUCAGCUGGUCUGUGGGGACAGGUGCACAGACAUAUAUAGUGACAUUGGAGUCUCCAAAGGGACAGGCAAAGUGUCACACUCUUCAAAACUUCUGUCUUCUGGGAUGCAUCAUGUGUGGCACCAACUACACAGUGUCUCUGAAAGCAAUCAGUGAAACAGGUUUGACGUCCAGCUGCACCUAUCAAGGAUACUCUUCCAGUGCUUGCUGCCCUUCUGGGGUGAAGCUCUACAGACUGGGCAGCAGCGGUAUCCGGGUGUACUGGCGAGCUCCCAAUGAAGCCAUCAGCUACUGCGCUGAUUUACAGGGCUCCAAAGGCAAUUUCACCUGCAGCCCUAGUUCAGGCCUAAGACACUGUGACAUCACCCAGAUACCUUGUGGGGAUGUCUACACAGUGGUAGUGGCUCCAGUUACUGAUAAGGGGCUGAAACAUACAUUUUGUCCCAAAAAAAUAUAUUCAGUGACCUGUUCUGGAAGCUCUGUUGGAACAGUAAUUUAUAGAGGAAAGAGCAACAUGGAAAAACAUAUCUAG